CCUCCAUGAGCCCCUCUAUGCGCUGAAUUUUCCCAUCUCAGCGAUCCCCACGUCCUUUUCUCUCCUUCCCUCGUGGCUAUCCCGUGUUCCCAGUCUUCUAUCGUCUCUUUCCCUUCCCCGGAAUUCGAACCUACGCCAGGUACCAGACGGCCCACGACCACGCGAGUAACUUGUGCUUCGCGCAUAAGACUACGGCUACCUACAGGACGCCCACGCCACGACCGCAACCUGCUGUGCACCUUGACGGUCAGUCACAACCUUGACGGCUCGAUUUGUGGACACAGCUGCUGCAAGACCUGGAACUUGGCAGCCACUCCCACCGUCACUGUUCUGUGUAGCCCCCCACGAGCCAGGACAUGAGCUGAGGAGAAGCAACCAAAGAUACCCCCUCAAUUGCCUCGCUUUAUAAUCCCCUGUGCUAUCCCGCGCUUUGUACGCCCAUAUCUAUAUCGAGCGCAGCCUCCCGCUCCGACAGGUUCACAGCAGCAGCAUCACCCUUCGUCUUCGGUUACAUACCUUCUAUCACAUCAUGUUUCAAAGCCUGCCUGCCAUACGGGCGUCGCUCCUCUAUGGACUGUUAGCCUCUCCAUCUCUUAGCCUCGUCUCAGCAAGCCCUUCACCAAUCGACGCCCGUCAUGUCGUGACAGAUCCUGCCAGAGUAGUUGCGCAAGCAACCGUCACUGCUGUGUCAGAGUGCCACGCCCACGGUACUAAUUAUUAUUGUCAAGCCGGAGUCACAGAGUUUCGCAUUGUUGGCUCCGAGACUGCCGCCUCAUACACGGAUUGCCAUCCACACGGCGCAAAGACGUACAGUGUAGGACCAAAGUCUGAUGAGGUAGAAAUUGUCCUUGCUGCCGCUACGGCACCUGCGGUAACAGCGUCCCCAACGGUGACUGGCAGUUCGAGCUUGACUGCCGUUAGCGCGUGCCAUCUCCACGGGUCUGAGCUCCUUUGUAUGCACGGGGCAACCGAGUAUAAGGUCCACACAACUGUCACUGCUACUGCUACACAAGAUCUCCCAGCACAGUUUACCGGUUGCCAUGCCCAUGGUGCUGAGACAUACUGCAAUGGCCCAACCGGAGAGGAAGUUGAGAUCACCCUGGCCACCGCUGAGGAGGACCACGACGACCACGGUCAUGAAGACUCGGAGGAACUUGAUUGCCACUUCCACGCUGGCGUCGAGCAUUGCGUCGGCAAAGGGGGCGAGAAGGUUGCCAACACCUGCGAAAGAACGCAGCGUGACUACAACAUCAAGCUUCGUGUUGGCUUGUUGUUCGUCAUGUUGGCUACCAGCUCCAUUGGUGUCUUCACUCCCAUUCUCAUCUCAUCCUUUGUGUCGCCCAACCAUAUCGUAUUCACCAUUCUCAGACAGUUCGGCACUGGCGUCAUCAUCUCGACCGCUUUUGUCCACCUCUACACUCAUGCUGUACUAAUGUUCCAGAACGAAUGCCUCGGCAAGCUGCAGUACGAAGCCACAGCCUCUGCCAUCCUCAUGGCAGGCAUCUUCCUCUCCUUCCUCAUCGAGUAUCUUGGCGUUCGUUUCGUCCAAUGGCACCAAGCCAAGCAACAGGCCCACAAGGCUGUUUCCAGCGACGGUGAGCAGCAAGGCCCGGCCCCAGGCAAAACCGACAUGGUCAACAUCACCGUUCUUGAAGCCGGGGUCAUCUUCCACUCCCUUCUUAUCGGCCUCACUGUAGUCGUCGCCGGUGAUUCCUUCUUUGGCACCCUGUUUGCCGUCAUUGUUUUCCACCAAAUGUUCGAAGGCAUCGCUCUUGGCACCCGCAUCGCCGCCCUCGGUCACCCCAGCGCUGCCACUACCCACAGCGGCGUUCACGGCCACGGUCACGGUCCGGGUCAUGCGCACUACCACCCCGAGCCAAAGCCCGCCGCUGAGAUCGCCCCCGCCGGAGAAAUCGUUGCCCAUGCUCCCAAGGAAGGCCACAACCACGAACACGGCCACGACCACCUCGCCCUCCCUGAUGCGCACAAGACGGCCAAGAGCGGAAGCGUUUCGUCCUCCGAGAACAGCACCACUGCGGGCGAACUCACCCCUCACGUCUCCAUCUUCAAGAAGCUCAUGCUUGCCUUGGCUUUCGCCUUGGUCACACCUAUCGGCAUGGGCAUCGGUAUCGGCGUUCUUCACACAUUCAACGGCAACGACCCUUCGACUAUCAUCGCUAUUGGCACCCUCGAUGCCUUCUCAGCCGGUAUCCUCGUGUGGGUAGGUGUGGUGGAGAUGUGGGCUCACGACUGGAUGUUGGGAGGGGAGAUGACCAAUUCUGGGCCGCUGAAGACCGCUCUGGGGUUGAUUUCCAUGGUGGUUGGCUUGGCAGUCAUGAGCUUGUUGGGCAAAUGGGCGUAAAUAGGUUUUUGGAUAUGUGGGUUUUGUUUAUACUGCGCUUUCCGGAUAUGAUGUGGUUUUUUUUUUUGGUUUUUUUUUUUUGGACAGAAAAGGGAUAUGAUACCAUCAUGACAUAUUGUUAUCUUGGAGGAUUGGAAUUUUGGGAGGAAAGGAUCUCACAUUUAGCGUUGGGCGUUGCGGCGUCAUGCAAUUUACAUACCUCCAAGGUUGUUGUUCACCUGCGGGUGCAACAGAGAAACGAUGAAAGGGUAAUUUCGGAAAUGAUAGAAGUUUGGAAGAAUGUGUGUUGAUAAAUGGUCAUGUAUAUUUGAUCUAUCUACUUGGGUAUGAAUCUACGAAGCAUGAGGUGACAAACCCGUUGUUUUUUUGUCUGUUCUA